AUGGUUUUUAAGCCGUUCACCCACCUCGCGCGCCAGAGUCUCACCAAGGCCUUCACCCAUGGCUAUGCUCAAUCGGUAGUCGCAGCGUCGCAGUCCUACGCGUCAACAACCCCCUUCAAUUCCAUCGCCUCGCAACCCGCCAAGUUCUCCCGUACCCAAUUACAGAAUGCUUUCUCCAACGCGUCCAGCUCGUCAGGCAGUGGCGCCAAGGCCAGCCAAGGCGCUUCUGGAUCAGGGGAUUCUGGUCUAGCUGCCUACUAUGCCGCCUGGCAGCACGCUCAGCAGACCGGCGACGAUAGCGACUGGUGUCAGUUCCAGUUCAAGCGUCGCAUUGAUUGGAAGCCAUCGGCCGAGGAAAUCAUCGAGCAGGCUCACGAAGACCGGUCCGACUCUGUACCCCCGCAUCUCACCAAGGCUGCCGUGAACGAAAAUGUCAGCGCCCAGGUGGAGGAGGCGGUGGCUAGAGAGAUCCAGCAGAUCCAGGAGGAGCAUGAACAAUCGGAGGAAGCAUCAGAGGUGACAGAGGCGAAGGCAUCCGUCGAAGAUGUUGUUCUCUCAGAGGCGAUCUCAGAGGAGUCGCGGGCUGCAUCGGCGCAGAUCGUGCAGCUGGCCAAGUCUGAGAAACUGGCGGAUAUCCCUGCUGCCUUUGAGGCCGUGCUUCGGGAGGGCCUGACACCGACUGUGGAGGCAUACAAUGCCCUCCUGGUUGCUGCCAUCGGACUUCACCCCGAGGCUGCGCAGGCGAUCCCCAAGGCUCUGGAUGUUUACUCGGAUAUGCUUCGUCGCAGGGUAAUUCCCGACGAAGAUACCUAUGAGACCCUCCUUCAGCUCUUGGUCGCCAACGCUAACGAUGCGAUCAAGGCCAAGGAGAUUUUGGAGCAGGAGCGGGUCCGUUAUGGCGGAAUGGAAGAGCCUGGCAAGUUCAUGCUUCAGUCCCGCGAGCUGGAACGCGACAUUCUGGCCGAGGACCACUCCCUGUCCAUUGCCGUAAAGCUGUUCAACACCGCCAUUACCCGACACCCGCUCCUUGUCUUCCCUAUCAACUUGUACCGCCAUCUCAUCAUUGCCUGUGCCCGUGAGGGUAUGGUGGAAGACAUGGUUCUUAUCUACGCUCACAUGGAAUCGCAGAAGGUCCAACCCCAUGCCACCAUUUACCCUUAUAUGAUUGAUGCGUUUGCCAGCUCUGGUGACCUCAAGAGUGCGGUGGAGUGCUAUGAGGAGUACCGAAGCCUUGCAGUCUCGGACGAUAGCGGAGUUUUCAGUAUCGUCCAGCGACUAGACGGGCAAGUGUAUGCAGCCCUCAUUCGUGCUUACCUCUCUUGUGGCAAGGAAGAGGGUGCGAUGAACUUCCUUAAUCGGAUUCGCUCUUCGUUUGAUGAAGUCACCGAGAACCGUGAGAGCCGUUGGGCUGCUGUGGAAAGCGUGAUUAUUCAGGAAGCAUUUGUGCAACACUCUGUGAACAUUGGGGAGUACAGCAAGGCUUUAGAGAAGGCCAAGGCUGAGCUCCACGAUGAGGCUCGGGAUCAGGCCAUUUCCAAGAUUUGUGUGACCGCGGCUGACGCAGGCGAUCUGACCACUGCCUCUGAAGCGUAUGAUCGUCUGUCCACAUCGCCGGCCAUACGCCAGGUCCCCGCCAUUUCACUUUUCGCCCUCCACAUUCGUCGGGGCGAUAUUUCUGCGGCUCGUGCCUUGUGGAUCAUGUUGAACACUGUAGGUCAGGCAACCCCGGAUAUGGUUCAGCCGACCGCUAUGUACGUGGUGGCGUUGAUGAAGAGUGGCCAGGUUGAGGCAGGUCUGCAGGAAGGUCGCAACAUGUUUGCUCGCAUCCGCGCUGCUUCUGCCGAACAGCCCGCUAGCACCUCAGCCACUCGAGAGCAGAUCACGGAGUCCCUCCACCUCUUUGGACGUGUCAUUGUUCAGACCGCUGCCGUGCUGUCCCCCCAGUCAGCAAUGUCCCUUUUGUGGUCCAUGUUCGACAACGGCGGUCUGGUAUCUCCUCUGGCUGAACAUGCCGUUGCUAAUCUCGGCCCCAUGGGUAUCUCCCAGUUGAGCCAGUCCGAUCUCACCCUUGCUCUUCGGGUUCAAGCUGGUAUGCUUGCCAGCAACACUGCCAUGCUGUUUGAUGUCGCCCACCCAGUCCGCUUUGCCCACAUGCUCGAUGUGGCUUUGUCAACUUCCCUUCCCAUGGACAACUACACCACUGGCUUGGUUGACCAGGUUGUCGCUCAACUCUUCACUAACCGUCCCGACAUCGUCAAGAGAUGGCAAGACCACCUGGAGGCUACUUCCCAGACAUCCAUGUUGUCUGCGCGUCACAGCCCUGUCUCCGUUGAAACCUCCCUUACGACACCUUCUUCGAAACCUGAUUCCUUCGACCCCUAUGCCUAUGCCACGGACUUCCGCGGCUCUGCUCUCAUUGCCGAUGAGCUCGAGAAGACCGCUGGACGGGCCGAGACACACCUCAACGACGCUUUGAUCCGACUGAAGAACAUGCGCCGCAUUGGUCGCCACCCUCGCUACAUCACAUACGCCAAGCUGAUCACCGCCGCUGCCAAGACUGGUCGGCCGGAGUUGGUUCAUGAGAUUCACAAUAUGGCUCGGGUUGAUGUUCCGCUCAACCUGGCUCACAACGCUGUGAAGUACGGCUGGGUUUCAAUCCUCGAUGCAAUGGUUGCUGCCUACCUUACUCUUGGAGACCGUCAGCUGGCUGGCCAGUUCCACCAAGAGCUUCUUGGUCUGGGCUCUGCGCCUUCAGCUAACACCUUUGGUCUCUACAUUACAACUUUGAAGGAGUCUACCAAGACCUUCGAUGAGGCCACUGAAGCCUUGAAGAUCUUCCACCGUGCUGUGGCCGAAGGCGUUGAGCCUACUUCGUUCUUGUAUAAUGCGCUGAUCGGCAAGCUCGGCAAGGCUCGUCGCAUUGACGACUGUCUUGCUUACUUUGCCGAGAUGCGUGCCAACAACGUUCGCCCAACGAGUGUCACUUACGGAACCAUCGUCAACGCGCUGUGCCGUGUGAGCGAUGAGCGGUUCGCUGAGGAGAUGUUCGAGGAGAUGGAGUCUAUGCCUAACUACAAGGCCCGGCCUGCACCUUACAACUCUAUGAUCCAGUACUUCCUGAACACCAAACGGGACCGUAGCAAGGUUCUGGCAUACUACGAGCGUAUGCAAGCCCGCAACAUCAAGCCUACCAUGCACACCUACAAGUUGCUGGUUGACGCGCACGCUUCCCUCGAGCCCGUUGACAUGCCGGCUGCUGAGAAUGUGCUCAAGUCUAUGCAGGCUGCUGGUCAGCAACCCGAUGCAGUCCACUACGCCUCUUUGAUUCACGCGCAGGGCUGUGUCCAGCACAACCUUCCCGCUGCCCGCAAGAUCUUCGACUCCGUCAUCGCUGACCACCGUGUGAGCCUGCAGCCAUGCUUGUACCAAGCUCUCUUUGAAGCAAUGGUCGCCAACAACCACGUCGCCGACACCGAGGAGAUUGUCCAGGGUAUGAUGCAGCGCAACAUCGAGAUGACCGCGUACAUUGCCAACACUCUCAUCCAGGGAUGGGCCACGGAGGGCAACGUCGCCAAAGCCAAGGCCAUCUACGACAGCAUCGGCAUCAAGAAGCGCGAGCCUAGCACCUACGAAGCCAUGACUCGUGCCUUCCUCAGUGCUGACAACCGCAGCAGCGCCGCAAACAUCGUCCAGGAGAUGAUGUCGCGUGGAUACCCCGCUGCCGUGGCUAGCAAGAUCCUUGAUCUUGUAGGCGGAGCCCCCUCCGUCUAA